UUUAUUUUAAAGAUAACCAACAAUGGAGGAGUUUGAUGCAGCGUGUAAGUAUGUUCGAGGGAUUGCUGGAAGGUUGGAGAACAAUGAUCUACUCUACUUCUAUGCUAGAUAUAAACAGGUUACUGAGGGAGUUUGCAACACACCUAAACCCUCCUUCUACCAGCUCUCAGAGAAGAGUAAAUGGUUUGCCUGGACGGAGUUAGGAAACCUGGAUAAAUGCGUAGCGAGGGAUGAAUAUAUUGAGAAGUUGGAUAUCCUUGAACCUGAGUGGAGAGGAAAGGAAGCUCAGGAUCCAACUGCAGGCUGGAUUAGUGUAAGCUGUCCUAGGCCUGAGGAACAGGUUCCGGAGCAGGAUAAAACUAUCUGGGAUCGGGUUCGGGACGGAGAUCUGGAUAUACUGAAAAAGAUCCUGACUGUGGAGAAUGUACGAUGCAAGGAUGAGAACGGGAUGAGCCUACUCCACUGGGCGGCAGAUAGAGGGAUGACUGAGGUUGCGGAGCUUUUAAUAAGUCUAGAUAAAACACUAAUUAAUCUUCAGGAUGAUGAUGGGCAGACUGCUCUACACUACGCUACCAGCUGCACCCACCUGGAGAUGGUUCGGUUCCUACUCAAGGUCGGAGCAGAUCCUUCUCUUCAGGAUACAGACGGUGUUACACCCUGUUCGUUGGAUUCAAAUCCACAAAUAAAAGAAAUGUUUCUCCAAUUAAACACUGUAUAGUCUCUGUCUUAAGCUUAAUAUAUUUGAUACACUUGUA